AUGAGGCAGACAAGGCUAGCGGCGAGGGCGAAGACGCUGCAGAAGCCACCGCCCACCCCGGGGACAAGGGAGCUAGAGUUGAUUCCAAGGGAGACGUUGGACAGACGGCAGAAAAGGCGGAUGAGGCUGAGGCUGAGGCUGAGGCAGAUAAUGAUACACAGAGCAAUCUCUUCAGUAAUCAAGCGGCGGUACAAGCUGCAUUUGAAGUGGAAACCGCUAUUCAAUCUGAUUCCGUUGAUGGACUCGCAAAGACCACCGUGGAUACCGGCGCAAAAGAAAAGCGUCCGUUAA